AUCAUGAUGUUGACCACUGCAGCUCUUAUUCUCAUUGUCACCAGUAAAGUUGUCCUAGGACAGGUAAGAUUGAAUUAUGAAUCUGUAUUGUACAAGUAUUAUUACUGAUGAUUUGAUGUUAUCAUUAUUGUUUUAGGAUUAUAGACGACCUGUUAAAGAAGAAAUAAUCCCAUUAGAUAUGGCACCAGAUUCAGUUGAUGACCGUUAUGAUGGCUGUACAAAGGAGAUGAAAAACCUAGUGAGUGAAAAAUAUCUAAAUAAAGAAACCUGUUCUGACAUAUCUGAAUUUGGAGAAGCUUAUAUUUAUAGUACAGGAGAAAUCCCUGGACCACAUAAAUUGAAAAUGCACCAUUUAAUUGCCAUUUAUGUGUAUACUGGUCAUGUACUAUUUGAACGGUUCAAUCGUGAUGUUAGGACUGGCAGACAGAAAUACAAAGACAAGACAUACAAAUGGUAUUCACUGCACUUUUUGCUGACUGAAGCAAUACAGAUUCUUAAGAAAACACAAAAGGGAUGCAAAUUAACUUAUCGUGGUACCAAACUUACCGUUAAUGAGAAUGUUCUGAACAGAGAGAUUCGUUUUGGGUCAUUUGUGUCCACCUCUCGUACAUCUAAAGUAGCAAUGAAAUUUGGAAGUGAAUCUUGUUUUGAAAUCAUAACUUGUGAAGGUGCUGAUGUGUCAAAAUACUCCCCGUUACCUAAUGAGAAAGAGGUGCUGAUUCCCCCGUAUGAGACAUUUAAAGUCACUGAUGUAAAGAAGAGAGGACAGAAAGGUGUCUGGUGUAACACUGUGUUCAAGUUGAAGAGCACUGGGAUAAAAAGUAACUUAAACUGUGCACUGGCAUCAGUCAAGCGCAAGAAAUAUCACAAUGUGACAAAUAUCAAAUAUCACAAUUAUCUCUGACUGAUCUGCCUUUACAACUUCAUUCUCUUUAUUUUUAUUAAGUGUUGACACAACUUGCCAAAUUUAAAAUUGUAUGAAUAAUCUAAAAGCAUAUUAAUAACUGGACUUUGCCUACAGUAUAUAUUCUAUUUUGUAUGUGGUUCUUAUGACACGGCUCUCUGAAAUACUUCAUUCUGAUUGGUCAGUAGUAACACAAUAACAACCAAUAAAACGGGUACG